AUGAAAGCGCAAGAAUCAGCACCGUGCAUAUUGUUGAUUGACGAGAUUGAUGUUAUCGCUCAAAAACGUGAUAGUACACAUCGUGAGAUGGAAAAACGAAUCGUUUCACAGUUAAUUAUCUGUCUCGAUGAUUUGAACAAAACAAGUGAUCAAAAGACAUCGCCAACGUUCGAAUUGAAUUUUGCGAGUAAUGGUGAUGUCGGUUUGGAAGAUACCUCAUUGAAUAGAAAUCGUUCGAAACAUGUUUUGUCGUAUCGCUCAGUUUAUUCAAAAUGUAUAUUUGAUUGUCUGUUCAGCGGUAUUCGCUUGGAUGAAAGUGUGCAAAUGCAUAAUCUAGCACGACUAACUCCAGGCUAUGUGGGUGCUGAUUUGAAGGCGCUUGCUAGAGAAGCAUCAAUGUGUGCUGUGAACAGGGUUUUUGAAACAGUCGCACGUUCCUCUCAAAGACCGGGAAGGCUCAAUAUCGAGGAGACGAAUGAGGAACUGACAAAGUUGUUGGAAUGGUUGAAAUCAGAGCAAACUUUGGAUGAUAGUAAAAUAACGAAUUUAUUCGUGCAAUUGGACGACUUCAAGAAAGCGUUAACCAUAGUGCAUCCAUCGGCAAAACGUGAAGGAUUUGUAACAGUACCGGAUGUUUCGUGGCAAGACAUUGGCGCAUUGAACGAAGUUCGAGAGGAAUUGAAAUGGAGCAUUUUG